AUGUCUGUUUUGGUCAUUAACCUUUAUUUCCCAGGUGGCUUCUGGGACUUCACGUCGGAUUUAACCUACAAGGAUACAGCAUAUACAUCCGAGGCACUGGAUCCACAUACAGAUAACACAUACUUUUCCGAUCCGGCGAGGCUUCAAUUAUUUCAUCUUCUAUCGCACACCGACGGAGACGGCGGCGAAACACUUCUUGUUGAUGGCUUUUAUGCGGCAUUCCGCAUGCUGCAAGAGAAUCCUAGGAACGUACAGGCACUCACUGAUUUCCCACAACCAUGGCAUUCAAGUGGAAAUGAAGAUGUCAGCAUCCAACCAUACCGUCACUUCCCAGUCUUAGAAAGAGACCCAAAAUCUUCAAGACUUAGGCGUGUUCGAUGGAAUAACUAUGAUCGUGCGGCGAAGGUCGAUUGGGAAUAUAAUAUGGCGACGGCCUGGUAUAAAGCAGCGCGACAUUGGAACGCACUUCUUAAACGGCAGGAUCAGAUGCAGAAAUGGCUGCAGCUGGAACCGGGGACUGCAUUAAUCUUUGACAACUGGAGAAUGCUUCACGGCCGCUCUGCCUUCACCGGAAAGCGCAGGAUGUGCGGUGGUUAUAUCAAUAACGAUGAUUUUGUCUCGCGAUAUCGUCUGCUUAUCAAUGGCAGAGAGAAGACUUUGAACGAAUUGGGUACACCUGCUAGUCGCUUAUCCAUUUGA